AUGUCUGAGGAACAACAGUAAUAUUGGCCCAUUUUCACGGAGUAGGAUGAAACCAAAACAUUCUGGAAUAAGAAACCCUCCAAUUUGGACAAAUAGGCUAUUAUCUAUCAGCAGCCUAUGUAGAGAAUUAGUUGGAAAAGUAACAAGCCUACUGAAUAUGAAUUUUUAUUGAGUGAGGAAGGCGUGCUGUUUUAUAAACAAAGUAAUAAGAUCAAGGGAUAUGUGUAAUUAAACGAAGACAUCAGUCUGAAAUUGAUUGAUCUCAAGAUCUCAAGCAAGAAAACAGAGGCUGUUAAGGUCAUUAGGAUUAAGAGAACUAAGGACAUCUUUCUAUACAUAUGGAAUAAGGAUUAUUCGUAUACUUUUCAGUUUCUGAAACAUUUAUGUUAAUUCUGUUUUGUUCAAAAUUUGGAUCAGUUGUACACUAUGCAAGAUGUGAUAGGAAAAGGCGGAUUCUCCAAAGUGUAUACUCUAACUCCCAAUAUCCGACUACCUAACCAGCCCUUCAAUUAUGCAGGCAAGGUCUAUAAUAAAAACGAAUUGUUAUCUAAAAAGGACCUUAAAAAGUUUUAUCACUUUAUUCGAAACGAGUGUUAUGUGCUAAAAAGAAUCAAUUUCCCUUACGUACUCAAAUUAUGCGAAAUUAUACAAAUGGAGGAACUCCUAAUCUUAGUAACUGAAUAUAUCAAAGGAGGAUCCCUGUAUCAAUACUUGAAAGAGAGAAAGCAACUGACAGAAAUGGAAUCUAUCCAGAUCUUGCAGAAACUGGCAUUAGGCUUGCAAUAAGUUCACAAUCUGGGGUAUGUUCAUCGAGACAUUAAGUUGGAGAAUGUGCUUAUCGAUAAAGAUUAGUUGAAAUUGAUAGAUUUUGGAUUUGCAGAGAAAAUAUGCAGAGACAGACUGGUCAACGGUCAAGGAACAGCUGGUUACAUUGCACCCGAAGUGUUUAUGAAGUAACCAUACCAAGAAGUAGGUGACAUCUUUAGUUUAGGAGUGAUAUUCUAUUCAUUGUUAUCUGGUAAGGCUCCAUUUAGAUCAAAUACUUAUGAUGCCUUACUUAAAUUGAACAAGGAAUGUCAAAUCGAUUUUUCAGAAUAAAGAUUCCAGAAUGUCAGCCAAAAAACUAUGCAUCUGUUAAAAGCUAUGUUAUAAAAACAACCAGAAAACAGAAUCAAUGUUUAAGAUCUCUUAAAUCAACUCACUGCUAAUUAGAUCUUCUCUCCUUCUCAUAACAUUCCUUCAACGUAAUCAAUUGUAGAGGGCUCUGUUGGCAUAAGCUUUAAUCAUUUGCAAUCAAAAAACACUCUAAAAUCCUUUUAUCAACAUAGUCAAAAUUCAUUUAUUGACAACAGUAGUUAAUGUUCUUAAAAAAAACCAUCAAAAAACCUUAGGGAUAGACGAUAUAAGAGUCAGAGCAUGGAUAAAAAGGGUAUGCUUUUGAAAUCAUCCUCUUUCAAACCAUCGCUUAAGAGCAUUUAUCAAAUUAAAAUUGAGCAGUCCGAUGAUAACAUUUCAAUAGCAGAUUAUGAGUUACCAAUACCAGAGGUUAGUCUUCAAUUUCUCUAAACUUCUUAUCAAACACUAAAUCGCUAAAAGUUUAUUUGA